AGUUGGGUGGUUUUACGGUACAUAAUAUUUACCUUACUGCCCUAGUCUGGAAACUAGCACUAUAAGUGCGUAUGUCGAAAAUGUAAGGGCCAUAUCGUCAGGUAACAAGCAAAACUCACUAAUUACCACCACAAGUUCUAAGACAUAAUGAACCAUAAAAUAAUAAUAAUUCAGCCUAUAUACGUCCCACUGCUGGGCACAGGCCUUCUCUCAUUGCGCAAGAGGGAUUGGGCUAUAGUCCCCACGCUAGCCCAAUGCGGAUUGGAUUACACCUUCGCAGAUGUAUGCAGGUUUCCUUACGAUGUUUUCCUUCACCGAAAAGCUAGUGGUAAAUAUCAAAUUAUAUUUCGUACAUAAGUUCCGAAAAACUCAUUGGUACGAGCCAGGAUUUGAACCCGCGACCUCCGGAUUGAAAGUCGGACGUCAUAUCCACUCGGCCAACACCGCUUUUUACUACUACUACUACUACUACUAUUAUAUUACUACUUAAAAUAAGGUUGAUUUUUGUUUAAUUAUUUUUUAGUAAUUAGUGAGUUUUGCUUGUCACCUGCCGAUAUGUACUGUCAAACGUGUGUACUUUUCGCAUUUAUAUCGCAAUGUACUAUUAUACAAGGUGCCCGUCAGCAUUGCGAGAGAUUUUAACGGAGCAUUCCUGAUGGCAACAGAAACAAAAAAUGUUAUAUGACUUAUUGUGAAAUUCGACAAAAAAAAAUUCUUUUGUUUUUUUUUCCCCUUUUUUUGAACACUCCUGUGCAUAAAACGUUAUUUUUAUCGAUAAACACACAGCCUAAAAUUAAAUAAAAAGUUUUUUUUUUAUUUGGGGGUAGCCUCUCAAUAAUAAUACAUUUCAAAUACAUUUUACAAUACAUUUUUACACAUAAUACAUUUUACAAUACAUUUUUUUUUAAUUUUUCGAUGUCAAUCAAUAGGUAUGUCCAGACUAGACCUCAAAGUGGCAAUACCGCAGUCAAAAAUGUGUUUUGUACCGACUUAUGGCGAAAGAACGAUUUCGAAAAACAUUUAAUUAUCUAUUUUAUAUGACAUUUUAGUUUCUAAAUAUUACCAGGAAUGCUUAGUUAAAAUGUCUCGCAAUGCUCACGAGCACCUUGUACUAUGCCAAAUUCUGAUUCGUUUUUGUUAUAAAUAGGUAGACAUUUUGCAAUAUUCUUUGCGUAUCAAAUUUGGCUUUACAGCUCAGUUCUAUAUUUCAAACGCGAUGCAAUCAACAUUGGAAUCAAAUUCAACGAUAUGAAACCGCUUGCAGGUUACAGAAAUGAUAAACUCCUAUAAAGUCUAGGGACGGUGCUAAGUCAAAUAAAUUCUACUACACUUUAGCUAUUAAAUACUACAAUCGCAAUACCCUGAUCCACUUUUAUACAAGUUCUUAUAAGUAUACUUAAGAAUACAAACAUGACAUAAAUUCGCGUCACAAAGCAAGCCAACAAAGGGGCAAGAACAAUUUUAUCAUUGUCUGAAUGAUCCCGACUUAUCAGGGUAUCCGGCAGUCUGUGUACUGUGUUCAGACGGAAUGGCUGGUAAUAACAAGUGGGGAUAUGUGGUGUGUUUUGGGACUAUUAUUACAUUCAUUGCCGGAAUCGGCCAUGUUAAUUCAUUCGGGCUCAUCUACAAUGACUUUAUAAAUGAAACGCAUUCGACAGCGAAGUCCCUCACCACGGCACAUGGAGUAUUUGCCGUCAUGUUAGCAAUAGGAGGUCUGAUCCUCAACCUAGUGUCCAAGAAGCACUCUCUACGCUUCGGAGGUUUCCUAGGUGCAGCUACAUUCACCGUUGGCUCGGUUACUACCAUCUUCAUAUCCAGCACCAACCAGCUGCCCCUCACCUUCGGAGUCCUUCAAGGCAUUGGUUUUGGCAUGAUGGUACCAGUGUGCUACGCCACCAUGAAUUACUACUUCGAUAAGAAGAGAAGAACCACUGUUAUGAGCGUGUGCAAAGCUGUACAAGGGAUUAUACUAAUGGGAUACCCUCAAUUGCUUAGACAGUUCGUUUCAAUUUAUGGUUUCAGAGGAACAUUACUCAUAAUAAGUGGAAUAUCUUUGCAUACUGUUCCGGGCAUGGCUAUUAUGAAGACUGAUGAGAAGCUUGUGAAAAUAAAAGCAGCAAAUGGUAAAGAUAUAGAAGAAGGAAAGGUAAAGGAAGGAAAGAGUAAAGAAAUUGUGAAGUUGUUAAAUCUUGCAGAAAAUGAGGAUGCUAAAGAGGAUGCUCCUAGGAACUCGAAUAAUAUCAGAUCUCAGAUCGCAGAGUUCUUCAAUUUGAAAGUACUGAGGGAUCCAGUUUUCUUCAACAUCUGUCUGGGCCAAAGUUUCGUCAACUUCUCAGACAUCACUUUCUUUGUCUUCCAGCCGAUGCUGUUGUUUCAAUACGGCUACGAUAAAAGUGAAGUGGCAACAUGCAUCUCAGUAUGCGCGGGCGCCGACGUGGCGGGGCGCUGUGCGCUUGCGCUGCUUAGCAGCUUGAUCCCCCUUAAUACCAGGCUACUGUUUUAUAUCACCACCCUACUCACACUCAUCACUAGACUGGUGGUCCUCCAAAUCCGAUCCUUCAUUUGGAUGUGCGUGGUCACCGGAGCGCUAGGGGUGCUCCGCGCGUGUCUCCACGUGGCCAGCCCGCUGGUGGUGGCCAACCACGUAAGCCACGCAGACUUCCCUGGCGCGUACGCUCUAUUCAUGCUGUCUACUGGCGUGGUCAACGUUCUGUGCGCCCCUUUAAUAGGAGUCCUAAAGGACGUCUACUUAGACUACGAGCCAGCAUUCUUCGCGCUGGCGGCCUGCUGUGCGCCGUGUCUCCUGUUCUGGCCCGUGGAGUACCUGGUCAGGAGAAACUCAUCAUCAUCCUCCUAGUCGUUGGCCGAGCAUUUUUGCCACGGCUCACUUGGGAAGGCUGGGGUGCGCUCGGCAAAUGGGCGUAACUCUUCAUAAUAGAUUAAUCCUUAGCAAUCUAAUGUACUAAUGUGAAAAUAAGUAGUAUUCAUUUGAAUGUGACCAAAAAAUAUUGUGAUAUAUAAGGGAGUUUUCAAAAAAUAGUCUACGAAACCGGCCAAGUGCGAGUCGGACUCGCGCACGAAGGAUUCCGUACCAUUAUUUAUAAAAACGGCAAAAAAUUAUGUUUGUUGUAUGGGAGCCGAAGUCUCAGUAAUAGGAUCCCGUUUGACCCUUUGGGUACGGAACCCUAAAAAGGCAUAAAACUGAUUUCCAUAGAGUUCAUGCUUAACUGACAGCAAUUAACUUUUCUUAAAAACUUACAUUAAUUGCCCAACUGGCACUAUUUUCCGAAAAUAAAGCAAGUAUUAGAACCACUAGAUAUUAACAUGAGUAUUAUUUAAGAUAUGUUUUGUUGAUAACUACUUUGUGAUACAAGAUCAAAUAAAAACUGAAUCAUUCAUGUUA